CUCCGGUAACUUGACGUGACGCUUGGGAUCGAGCAGCAUGGAUGACAUGGGGAAAUGGCCAGAAAUAGAGAAAGCAGCUGCAGGGAAGAGACGUGAGCUGGUUUUACAGGGUCCAGCUGUUGACGGGAGAAUUUCCUCUAACGGAGGACUCACCUCUGCUGUGUAUUCCCUCACACUGCUGAAUUACCUGGAGGUUAGCCAGUGCCCGAGUUUGACAGAGAUCCACGAGGACAUCCAACAUCUGACGAACCUCCAAAGCCUCAUUCUGUGUAGGAACAAGCUAGCCUCCAUCCCGAAUGUCCUCGAUAAACUUAAGUCUCUGAAGGUCCUGGACCUUUCAGUUAACAACCUCAGGGUUUUACCGGAGGGAAUCACUCAGUUGAGAGAGCUAAAUACUCUCAAUGUGAGCUGUAACAGCCUGGAGCUCCUGCCAGAGGGACUGAGCCAGUGCACCAAACUCUCUACGAUCAACAUCUCGAAGAAUCGCAUCACCUGUUUCCCAGCUGAUUUCUGCUCCGAGCGUCUGGAUCUCCUUAGCACACUGGUCGCUUCUGACAACUGCAUUGACCAGCUGAGUGGAGAUAUUCACAAGCUAGCUGCUCUAAAGGUGCUGGAUCUCUCUAACAACAAGCUGUGCGAGAUUCCCUCCGAUCUUAGUGACUGUCCCAAGCUAAAGGAGAUAAACUUCAAAGGCAACAAGCUGAACGAUAAACGUCUGGAGAAGAUGGUCAACGGCUGCCAGACCAAGUCCAUCCUCGACUACCUCAGAGGAAAAGGAAAAGGGAGACAGGGAGAGGAUGGAGGUGAUGCAGAUGGGGGUCACAGUGCAGACAGGGGGAAAAGGCAGCAUCAGAGGAAGAAGAAGGGAAAGGUGGUAGAUGAACAGGAUGAAGUGGAGGAACUGAACAAGAUGGUGGUGAGGGUUCUCCAUGUUUUGGAUGCUUCUGCAGCUCUCACAGUCAAAGUGAGUGCAGAAGUGAAAGAUGUUCGACCAUACUUGGUGUGCUGCGUGGUCAAAGGCAUGAACCUAAAGCCUGGGAAUGCUCUCAAACGCUUCCUCGUGGCUCAGACAAAACUUCACGAUGACUUGUGCGGUAAAAGGACCACCGCGACCAUUGCGACUCAUGACGUGCAGCUUCUCAAAGCUCCUUUGAUUUAUGAUGUCAAGCCACCCACCCAGCUGAAGAUUGUCCCAUUGGGUCGGAAGGAGAUGACGGCCGUCGAGCUGAUAAGACACCUUCAGCUGGAGGCUGACGAGCUGAGGAAGCAGAAGAAGAGGCAGAAUGUCACCGGCCUUCACAAAUACCUGCAGAUUCUGCAAGGAAAAACACUCUAUCCCUGCCUAGUGGAUGCAGAGGGACAUGUGAUCUCGUUCCCACCUAUUACCAACAGUGAGAAAACCAAGAUCAAGAAGACGACCAAAGAGCUGUUCUUAGAGGUGACAAGUGGAACCAGCCUGCAGACCUGUAAAGAUGUUAUGGACGCUCUGAUUGUAAAAAUGGCAGAGUUGAACAAGUUCACGGCGGAGCAUCAGGAGGAGGCGGGGUCAGACGGGGAAGGGGAUGGCCCACAAGAGCCGACCACCAGCAGUGAGUCCUCUAGUGAGCUGAUCGUCCAGCAAGUCCGAACAGUCGACCAGGACGGGAACCUGAAGGUCGUCUACCCGUCAAAGACUGACCUCUCCAAAGACAUCAGCAAUCUGACUGUCCUUUGGUAGUCGUGCUGCGGAUAACCUGAUGUUAACACUCGCAUGCUAUAUGGAGUCAUAUUAAUAGAUUAAAAUUGUAGGACAUUAAGGCGAAGUUUUGACAGCAUGCAACAAAGUGUGAUCAUGUUACUUCAGCAGUGCAGAAAAUCUGAUUCACAUAGGAUUUUCUGUUUCCUGUAAGUAUGGUCAACCUGUUAAAUUGAAUGUCAAAAUAUACUUAUUUUUGUAUGAUUUACAAACCAUAGAUAACUUGUCUGUUUGCAAAACGAAUUUUGUUAAACUAACAUUUACUUAAACUUUGAACUGGUCACUAUUCUGUAGUACUUUGUAGAUGAUUUGUUUGACCGUUUAUUAGCUUAAAGUAUUGGCAUUUUCCCUUUAACCAUUAGUGAGCAAAAAAUGUCUGCAUUACACGUAAUUAAAUGCACUCCUGUUUGCAUUCGCUUUAUUUUUACUGUGUCCGAUAUGUAUACGUUUGUCUGACCGAAGUUGUUGUAUGGAUCUGAAACAGGAUUCUGCAUUAUUUUUACACUUCUCUCACCAAUGGACAAAAUGACAUUAACUGACA